CGCACCAGAGACUUUUCGGUGUUCGCCGCGCUUCGUCAUCCUGCUUUUCCGCUUUUCCGAAUCGAAUUUUCCGAAAUGCGUGCCAAAGUGCAUGAAAAGGAAAACUUGGUCAGUUGAGGUCUCAGUUCGGGUCGGGUUUGCAAUUCAACAGCACUGCGGAAGCGGAGAAAACUCGUCACCACGGACCACGGACGGCCAAACAAUAAGCCAGCGUAGUAAUAUCGACUUCACACCGCCCUCGAUAUAUAUAUUAUAUAUACUUGUAUGAUAUUCGCAAGAAAACGGUAUCGGAAUGAAAUCCAAAAGUGCCAACCCAUUUAGGGGCUAAUCAAAUGCCACAGCCAGCGGCAAGUGCACAUAAGUUGCAACAAGCAGAGUAACAGCUACAACAAAGGCAAAAACAACGUAACAAAAUUGGUAAAACAGUAUAAACAACACAACAUUGUAAGCUGGCUGAAAGGCGUUGCCAGAUUGUUGGCCAACGGCAGCAGCAACAACCACACUAGCAACAGCUGCAGCAGCACUACAACGGCUACAACAACGACAACCACAACAAUUGCCCAAAGGGCCAAAUGAACGUAGUCGGCUAGUCCGUCUGUCGCCCGCCUGGUGGCGCUAGCUAGCUGGCUGAGCAGCAACAACACUGCGUGCUGCCGCUGGAAAUCCUGUCGCUAAUUAGCGGUCUGGCGACGUGUGCGUCCAUGCAGACACAAGGCGCUAGCGGAUUCCAUUGAACUGGCUGCCGAGUUAAAUUUGUUGUCGUAACAUGGGCUGCGUCUUUGAAGCGGCCAAAGAGCAGCCCCACAAACCGAGAAGCAGGCAACUGAGGCGCAACCAAUGCCGUGGAAAAGCGGAAAAACCAGCAGCGGGGACCAGAGGCAAGGUCGCUGCCAGAGGAAACAACGACAAGCCAGCUGAGGACAUCAAAAUCAAGGAUAACUAUCAACAAAACCAUAAAACGCAAACCGAAACACAAACAGAAGUAGCAGUAGCACUAGCAGUAGCAAUAAACGCAGCAGCAGAAACAGAAACUGAAACCGAAACUGAAACGGAGGCUGAGGCUCUAAAAGCGGCGACUCAAGUGCUUUUAACGAUACGGCAGGCACGUCAGGAGAACAACCAGCACAGUAGUCAAGUGGCUGAAACGCACAAGGACGAAGGCGAGGACGCGUUGGCGCGGCAAGGAUCCAUUGUCGAUACGGCGGCGGGCAGAAUCGGCAGAAUCGGCAGAAUCGAUAUUGCGGCAACAACGACUCAAAUCGCCGAGCGGCAUGAGGAUGGGCAGCAUUGGCAGCAGCACAAUGUCCGCCGGCGGAGGCGCCACCCAGAUCCUGCAGCGGAUCCUGCGAGCAUCUGCAAAAUUUCGGCAAUAUCCCUGCAUUUUCACGCCCUCGCCGCCCUAGCGAAAACGCUGCAGAAGCACGAGGACCUCAAUCCUGUCCAGGACCGCCAGCCCCAAGCCUACCGCGCGUGGCAAGGACAUCCGUAUGCCGAGACCCAGCUGCCCGCCACCAUGACAGCGGCCAUCCUUGCGAAUGUCGGCGCCACGGCAGCGGCCACCUCGGCGGCAGCCUUCCAGUAUCUCGGGCAGCACUACAAGCACUACAGCCAGUCGAUCAGCUUCUACGCGGCCUCCAGCGUGCUCCUGAUGCUCUGCUAUCUGACCACCGCGUCCACGGCAGCUGCCACGCAGUCGGAGACGGGUGCCCUCGACAAGCAUCCCAUAUUUGAUGAGUCCAGUUCGGAUAAGGAAAUAUUAGAUUUACUGCUUGAGAAGAAGCGCUACGAUAAACGAUUACUGCCGCCUGUAAAUGAUGAAGACUUUUGCUGUGGUUUGCAAUCGCCCGAUAUGGCAACUAAUCAAAAUGCACGGAGACCACACAAUCGCGGCACUCUGACGGUGAACGUGAACGUGCUGCUCCUGAGCUUAGCAUCGCCCGAUGAAAGCAGUUUGAAAUACGAGGUUGAAUUUCUGCUGAACCAGCAAUGGAACGAUCCGCGACUGCAAUAUGGCAAUAAGUCUCAUUAUGACUUCUUAAAUGCUCUGCAUCAUCAUGAUAGCAUCUGGACGCCGGAUACGUAUUUCAUUAUGCAUGGCGAUUUCAAGGAUCCCAUCAUACCAAUGCAUUUCGCUUUAAGAAUAUUUCGGAACGGGACCAUUACGUACGCAAUGAGACGUCACCUGAUAUUAUCCUGCCAGGGAAGUCUUCACAUAUUUCCAUUCGAUGACCCCAAGUGUUCCUUCUCCAUGGAGAGCAUUUCCUACGAGGAGGCCCAAAUCAAGUACGUCUGGAAGAACGACGAGGACACUCUGCGGAAGAGUCCUUCGCUGACCACAUUGAACGCGUACUUAAUCAAGAAUCAAACCACGGCCUGCGAUCAGAACAGCUGGAGAGGUAAUUACAGUUGCCUACAGGUCGAGUUGACAUUUACCCGUGAUCGUGCGUAUUAUUUUACAACCGUUUUCAUACCUGGCAUUAUAUUGGUCACCUCGUCGUUUAUCACAUUUUGGCUGGAAUGGAAUGCAGUCCCAGCCCGUGUAAUGAUCGGCGUGACAACAAUGCUGAAUUUCUUCACUACCUCGAACGGUUUCCGGAGCACUCUGCCGGUUGUUUCUAAUUUGACGGCGAUGAACGUGUGGGACGGCGUGUGUAUGUGCUUCAUUUACGCCUCCUUGCUGGAAUUCGUAUGCGUCAAUUAUGUGGGGCGAAAGCGACCCCUGCACAACGUCGUCUAUCGACCUGGCGAGAAUCCCGUAACACAGCGUCUUCCAGCAGUACUAAGCAGGAUCGGAGUAAUUCUUGCAAGUCCUUUGCCCGGCGAAAAGCGUCAAAACGCCGGGGCACCGAACGAAAUCGUGGCAUGCACCACCUGCGGCGGCAGCAACAGUCCGUGCACCCAUUCGGCGAAUAAUGGCUGUGCCACAGAGACCUGCUUCGUUCAAGUGCGGAAAAAAGAGCCACCGCAUCCGAUUCGAGUGGCCAAGACGAUCGAUGUCAUCGCUAGAAUUACAUUUCCAACUGCUUAUGCCAUUUUUCUGAUAUUCUUCUUUGUACACUAUAAAGGAUUUUCGUAAAACUAAGCAAAACACUACAGUACAGCAUAAACAUACUCGUACAUUAUAGAUACUUGAACACGCUAAAUUGCCGAAGCAAAGCCAGAAAACCCGUAAAGUAUAGUAAUUUGUAGAGAAACAUGCAGACCGACAUGAAAACUCGUUUGCUAAAUUCUAGGGCCUUGCGAAGUCAUCUAAUUUUAAUGGAACAAAGGGAAACACAAAGUACAUCUAAUUAUUCAUUAACGAUUUUUUAAAUGGCAACAACAUGACAAAACCAGUGAUAAAACGUCAAAAUGAAAACAUUAGUUUAAACUGAGUUGUUAAUGGGGAAAAAGAAAAUGAAUAAGUUGUUAAUAAUUAAUAUUUACGAAAGUUAAAUUUAUGCAAAUGAGCAAACAUACGAAAGAAACAUUUUCGACUGCCUUUUUUAAAAAUAGUAGAAAC